UGCUGAGCUGCCCUGUGUGCUGCUUCGGUUGCUAAGGAACCACUGAAUGCAGGUGGCUUAAAGAUGAUGGACGCAUAGUGAGAAAGCUGGUCAGUCUGGCUGGUUGAGGUGUGGAGGGGACACCACAAACCACGCCAGGAUUCUGACUAAGAAGAUUUCCACUGCCCUCAGUAAAUCUCCUCAUCAUCUCCAUGUCUAUCCCUGGAUUGUAGCUACAGUUAUGGUGACGCUUAUCACAGAGCAGCUCCGUAAGCAGAGUUUGGAAGAGCCUUAUUACAAGGGUUUCUCAUUCAAUGUGAAUGUGUCAUUACCUGCAGUGGGCUCCAGUCCCACUGUGUCAUGGAGUGCUUGCAGGCCAACACAAGAAACCAGCUCAGCUACACACCCAUCAUCCAGAGCUAACCCUCUGGAUGAUUCCUGUGGACCAGACUCCAUAUGGCACACUUCUCACUCUGGAGAUUUUCUCCAUAGACCAGAGUUGUCCUUCGCAGACAUGGCUCUUCAAAGCUCCCCUCCACCACCUCCAAAACGCCACUGCCGGUCCCUCUCUGUCCCAGAGGACCUGUCUCGAUGCCGCUCCAACUGGCAUCCUUGUGCAUCUAAGGUUUGGACCCCGGUCAAACGUGGCUGCCGAAGUGGAGGACCAUCUAGUUCAGGCUCUGGAGCUAGCUCUUUGCCACUAUGUGGUGCCAGUUCCUCCUUCACCUCUUCAUCCCUUCAUUCAUCCUCAAGCCCCACCUUCUUUAGCUUAGCACUGUCCUCCGACUCCCCUUUACCAUGGAGCUUCCCCUGGGACUCCAGUGACAAACUGAGAGGAACAUGUUCUGCCUCCUUUGCUACUCCUUCCUCCUGCUCUUCUUCACCGGCCCCUCUGGUUUCUCGCUCCGUACUACAGCGUUGCUUCUCCCUCUCCCCUGUGCAUAUUCAGGAUGCUGCUGGGGUUCAUCUGCCCCCCCAACCCUCCCCUGCUUCUGCUCUAACUUAUAGCUGUUCUGGCAUGGAACACCCUGCUCUGUCCCCAUCUCCCACCUCUGCCUGUAGCACACCUUCCUCCUCUAGGCGCCAUCUACAUGCUGCGCUGCCCCGAUGCCACUCACAGCCCUGUGACAUGCGUAAACCUCGCUUGAAAAGACGCCAUGACCCAGAUGUUCUACCCUGCCCCAGACCAGGACUUAACUUCAGCAAAAUGACACAGAUUGGAAACCAUGAGAACCCAGUGGGUGCUACAGGUGGCUGCUUAGUCCAGGUGUCUUCCCAGGCAGAGCAGCAAUCAGCCUUCUCCCCUGCUGAGUUCCUGGGACGAGCCAGCAUUGGGCCACUCAGUGAAAGUGAAGAGGAAGAAGAGGAUGAAGAUAAAAGAAAUAGAACUGUGACAGAAGGAGGACAAAAGAUUGUUUUUGAAAGAGAUUGCACAGAGCUUGACUUGAACCUUAUAGAAGAGAACUGACCGCUUCCUGGUGCUUGCAGUAUCAAUACUGCAUUCAUAUCUAUGUUAAGCACACGUGUAGGCUUUGUGUGCUCCUCUGGCUGAGUACUUGGAAACCUUUUGCAAUAUACACUCAGAGUCCAUAACCAAGAACCAAGCAGUUAGAAGCUAAUAUCAGAUUAAUGUGAUGUAGAAAAUGUGCAUGGGCGAGAGAGCUAGUUUUCAUGCACAAAGAAUUUCUAAUAUUUCUUCAGUUGUGUGAAGCAUUGGUAUGUGACUUGAUAAAGUUACAUACUGUAUUCUCAUAAAAGAACUCUAGAUAUGGAGUUAGCAGAAUUUGCUCUUAUAAUUCCUCUUGAUUAUUUGGAAACACUAAAAGAGCCAGAAGUUUGAUUGGAUUGAGGUAUGUGCUCCCUGAUGGCCCAUCAGAAUUUCUAAAUUUCAAAUUGACAAAGUGUAGGUCUAUGUGAUACUUGGGUAGGCCAGAUAACACUGAGCAAAAGUGUGUUCAAUCGCAGGUUUGACUGGUUUGACUAAAAAGGGAUUCUACUUGUAUUGAUCUUCUGUGAUGAAUUUGGUCAGUCCUUCUCCAGCAAUUUAACUUCAUCAUCAAGGAAACAUCUUUUUAAGCGGAAAGGAUGGCUCUUGUUCAUCAAAUGUGGAUUACAAUAACAGCAAUGAAACUGUAAGAUGAACAUGCCUUAAGCACUAAAAAAAUGAGGUCUUGGUGCUCUGGUCUUUCUUUUUUUUUUUUUUUUUUUUUUUCCUUUUUUUUAAUAUUUUGUCCCUGUUGAACACACGGGGAGACAUGUUUUUCAAACAGUUUGUCCUUUAGGACACAAACCACACAGUUAUCGAAACUAAGGAUUAGGAAAAUCACUUCAAACUCUGGAACUAGUCUUAGGCAGUUAGCCGGCUCACUGAGAAGGGCUGUUCUGUACCUUGGUAGAACAACCACUUUGAUUUAGGGACUUCGAUGUGCUUCUACUGGAAGCAUCCAAGUCAGAAGCCGCUGAUGCAGUGGAGCCCCUUCGCUUCGGCUUCUGGCCCAGGAUGCUGAGUAGAGUAGUACCCUCGAUUAAGUCUCCUGUCAGAUCGCUGAUCUCGGCCGAGGUGCUCGGUUUUGCUUGUGGGGCGGGUCCUGGAGCAUCCGUGCUGUCACGUUUUCCUGUUGAUCCUACCAACUCAAGUAGAUAAGGAGCGACAUCGACCUGGAUCGGUGAGUUUGGGUCGUGGUCCUGAUCUAGGAGCAUCGCUUUCCUAAUUGUCUCCACUCCCUUAUCAGAAUUGGUCGCCAAUAUCUCACGUCCAAGCCUGUCGUGGGUGACACCAGAGAUGUGUUGAAGCGUGAGUAGUAGUGUUUUAUAGGUCAUAGGACCUCCCCUGCUUGAGGUUAUUUGCUAUAAAUGACUUGUUUCGCUUUGUGCUACUAUACUGAGGCUGAACGGCAGGUUGCUUGCUGGAGUGUCCAAUAGAGCUCACAAACUUGCCCUUACUUGAGAAGGGGAGUCCCAGAGGCUGCUCUUCUUCCUCCUCCUCAUAUUUGGAUCAACUGCGUGUGUCGCGACUUUGAUGUUCUGUCUCCCGUUCGGGGCUCAGUGAGGGUGUUCUGGGCCUCAUUCUCUGGUUGAGUUCUCCAUGGAAGUAUGACGGAAGGCAUUUCCCCUCGGUGGAGACGACUGUGGGUCCGGAUCUCUUUUUCUCAAGGUAGUCCCCCAGCUCCAGCCUCCUAGAGGUCCUGUAGGACUUGCCGGUGUCGUGCUUCUUUUCCUCGCUCAUUGCUCCUUUCUCUCUUUUGCUGCUAAUUUCCUAAAGUUGCUAUAAAAAAUCUACAGUUGAGUGCUGGUCUUCUUUCCACAGCCAGAUAUUGUUCUCCAAUCUCUGUUUGCACUGAUUCAACAGGGGGCACAUGCACCAUAUGAACAUAAAACAACUCAGUCAAGGCUGCAGCUGGACCCCAUAGGGCACAAUGUAAUGUAUUGUACAGCAGUUGGAGCGAGUACAAACACAAAGCCAAUUCUGGGUGUAUGUGAAAGGCAGUGGUAAUGUGCAUGACUUGGUGGCCUUUCAGAAAUGAUUUUUUCAUGUCUUUUCAGAUAGAGAUAUUCCUGUUGCACAAUUUAUGUACAAAUAAAAUUCAUUUAUCUUAGUCUUUCUCAAUCUUUGUCAACAGGUUUCUUGUCCUCUGUUCCAGGGUUUCCCAAACUUUUCAACCUGUGACCCCCAAAAUAUAGAUGCCAAAGACUUGUGACCCCUACUGUCCCUCGAAGUGAAUAAAUGUUGCUUCAUA